AUGGAUACAUCUGGAGACCAACACAUGGAGCUGAUGGAAGCCUGUCACUACAAACCGCCCAUCCCAUCUCCUCCUCUACCCCCUUCAUCUUGGGGUAAGGAGGGAGAACCCUCCUACCUUCUGCAGCACCCCAGGGAGAGUAGAAGGGGAGGGAGGAGAGGGAGUGGUGUUAAGCUCUCGACAGACCCUCAAAGUGUGGCGGCGAGACAGAGGCGGCACCGGAUCAGUGACCGGUUCAGGAUUCUAAAGAGCUUGGUGCCAGGGGGGAGCAAGAUGGACACGGUGUCCAUGCUGGAGGAAGCUAUUCACUAUGUCAAGUUCCUCAAGGCCCAGAUUUUGUUCCACCAGGCUGCCUUGAUGCUCCCUCUGGAUGACACUCCUAUUUCUUUCCCAUCUACUGUAAAUGCUACACCUGCUUCUGGAAGUGCUACACCUACCGUAGGUGCCAGUGGUAGUGACUUCGCUCCUAGUGUGUUUCCUUCUUCUUAUUCUUCUCGCGAGCUUCCUCCUCAGCAGAUUUUAAGCAACUCGUUGCCCCCUCCAACACCAUCUCUUCCUCCUUUCCCGUUCUCCUGUUUCCAGGGUGAAGAAGAGAUUCUCCAUCAUGUCAGUUUCAACUACUAG